AGCGACUUUAUGCUCAGUCUAUAUAUAUUGUGUCUAUGGAUGCUCCGUAGCGCAUCAUUGACAAAUACGCGGCUACAAGAUGUCAAUGAAAAUCUGACGCACUAAUAGAUGAAAUUUGACGAAAACAUCCUUGUGCGAUGGAUCUGGCCAAGUCGUUCUUCAAUGUUCGCGAUCAUGACGGUUAUGUUGGGAAAGAGGAACAUAACAAAAAAUUGGAAACAACCACCUCUGAAGAUGAAAUUGAGGUGGAAGUUGGAGGUUUGUGCAGUGAAAGUCUGUCGCCAGCGCCAGGUGGUCCAUUUUCUGCUUUAACUCCAUCCAUGUGGCCUCAAGAUAUUUUAGCUAAAUUGAAUCAACCUGACGACCCAAAUUCACAGCCUGAAUAUAGAUUUGAUGAAUUUGGUUUUCGCGUGGAGGAAGAAGAUGGUCCUGAGCAGAGUUCGAAGAAGUUACUGGGAAUACCAUUUGUUGAAGAUCCUCAACACAGAUUGCAAUGGGUUGCUCUCUUAGAAUUUAGUCAUAAUAAAGAAGUAGCGGAACUUUCAUGGCAAAAUAUGGAUCGAAGGCUACCUCGUACGGACAAAUUACGUGAAAUGGUUCGGUGUGGGAUACCUCAUUCCUUGAGACCUCAAAUUUGGAUGCGUAUGUCAGGUGGACUCCAGAAAAAGUGUUCAUCAGAAAUAAUGUACAAAGAUAUAGUGAAAGCCUCAAGUAACGAUGCAUUAAUGACCAAUAAGCAAAUAGAGAAAGAUCUCCUUCGCAUUAUGCCAGCGAAUGCCUGUUUCAGUCAUCUUCAUAGCACUGGUAUACCUCGUUUAAGGCGUGUUAUGCGUGCCUUAGCUUGGCUGUAUCCUGAUAUUGGUUAUUGCCAAGGCACUGGUACAAUGGCAGCAUCAUUAUUAUUGCUCUUGGAAGAAGAAGAUGCGUUUUGGAUGAUGGCAACAAUAGUAGAAGAUUUGUUACCAGCUUCUUAUUACUCUUCAACAUUGCUGGGUAUUCAAGCUGACCAAAAAGUACUUCGCACAUUAGUAGCUAAUUUCCUUCCUGAGAUAGAUCAUGUUUUGGUGCAACACGAUAUAGAAUUAAGUCUUAUAUCUCUGCACUGGUUUUUGACCUUGUUUGCAUCAGUUGUACACAUGAAGAUAUUGCUACGAAUAUGGGAUUUAUUCCUUUUCGAUGGAUCUAUAGUUUUAUUUCAAAUCACACUUGGGAUGUUGAAAAUAAAAGAAACAGAUUUAAGACAAUUGGAAAACUCUGCACAAAUAUUUAACGCUCUUUCGGAUAUACCAGGAGACAUUGACGAUGUGGACCAAUUAUUUAACGUAUCCUUAGAAGUUAGUGGAUCAUUGACAGAUGUUUUAGUUGAAACUCAUAGACGACGUCAUUUAGCAUAUUUAAUGGCCGAUCAAGGCGGACUGGUAGGAAAUCCGGAUGCAGUACCAAAUUUGCCGAAACAACAUUUGAAUAGACGUCAAAUGAAACGAAGUAAAUCAAUGUUACAAACAAUUUUAUUUGGAAGUGAUGAAAGUGAAGAUGAUGCAAAGUCUAAAAAUAUUCGGCAAACAGAAAUUUUAGUUGAUCUGAGGGAAGCUGUUUUACAAGUCGCCAGACAUUUCAUAAAUGUCGACCCAAAAUUGAACAGCAUUGUUCUCAUAGCAGAUUACACUAUGGAAAGUCAUUCGAAAGAUCAUGACAAUUAUGUCAAUGUAUCACAAACGCGGAAGAGAAGAGCCAAAGCUUUACUAGAUUUUGAGAGACACGAUGACGACGAGCUCGGUUUUCGAAAGAACGAUAUAAUUACAAUUAUUAGUCAAAAGGAUGAACAUUGUUGGGUAGGAGAGCUCAAUGGCCUGAGAGGAUGGUUUCCUGCAAAGUUUGUAGAAUUGCUGGAUGAACGAAGUAAGCAAUAUACAUGCGCUGGGGACGAUGCAGUUAGCGAAGCUGUUACAGACUUAGUGAGAGGUACAUUGUGUCCUACUGUGAAAGCUGUAUUAGAGCAUGGAAUGAAGAGACCAUCGUUUCUGGGUGGACCGUGUCAUCCAUGGCUAUUUAUAGAAGAAGCUUCUAAUAGAGAAGUGGAAAAAGACUUCAAUUCCGUUUAUAGUCGAUUGGUACUAUGCAAAACGUAUAGAUUGGACGAAGAUGGUAAAGUUCUGACACCAGAGGAGUUGUUAUAUCGUUGCGUUCAAUCUGUGAAUUUAACACAUGAUAAUGCACAUGCUCAAAUGGAUGUAAAAUUACGUUCUCUCAUCUGUCUUGGAUUGAACGAACAAGUGCUUCAUUUGUGGUUGGAGGUUUUAUGCUCCUGCGUAGAAGUAGUACAAAAGUGGUAUCAACCGUGGAGUUUCAUAAAUAGUCCAGGUUGGGUGCAAAUCAAAUGUGAAUUAAGAACAUUAAGCCAAUUUGCAUUUAACUUGAAUCCCGAUUGGGAAUUACCGCCUAAAAAGGAACAAUCACAGCCUUUAAAGGAUGGGGUUCGUGAUAUGCUAGUCAAACAUCAUUUAUUUAGUUGGGAUCUUUAGCAUAUAAAACUGUUCACUAUUAAUAAGAUUGUACUACCUUUUUGGUUCUCAUGCAGAGACUUUCAGAUUCAAACCUGAUUUUAAUUUAAAUGAUUAGCAAAUAGUUUUACAAUAUUUAUUUGUAUUUAUUAAUGUUUUAUUAU